AUGAGCUCCCCGGUCAUCCUCACCGGUCUCGCCUUGCUCGAUCUGCGACGACGGGCGGAGGAAGAGGAGCGACGCCGACGGACGAUGGUGGGUGAUGACGCGAGCUCGAGCGAUGAAGAGUCGGACGCGGAGCCGAUGGGGUCGAGGGAGACGGUGAUGCCGUCGCGCGGAGGGACGGGGACGACGGCGGCGGACGCGGCGGACGCGGCGGACGCGGCGGACGCGGCGGCGGCGGCGGAGGCGGGCGCGACGGAAGACGCGGGCGCGAACGAGGACGGGAAGGGGGAGAACGGGGUGAUAGAUACCCGGGUGUGUCGAUUCUGCUUCACGGGGGCGGAGUGCGGGACGUUGAUCGAGCCGUGCGCGUGCGCGGGGUCGCAGCGGUUCGUGCACCGACGGUGCCUGCGUCGGUGGUUCUUGGUCGGCCUGGAGUCGCGAGGGGCGGUGGAGACGCGGUGCAGGGUGUGUCACGCCCCGUAUACGUAUGAGAGCAGUCGAAUCGCGCGGACGUAUCGCAAGGCGCGGUGGUUUUCGCUCACCGCCAGGGAUCGCGUGAGCGAGUACUCGCGCGCCUGGUUCCAAUGGGCGAGCUCGGCGCUCCUGAGACGCAAGGGCGUGACCCUGCCGCGAAGUCCCUCGAGCGCUGGGAAUCUCGCGCUGCUCGUCGCCGAGAGUGAAGUGAGAAUCUGGGCCCAGAGAGAGGAGACGCGCGAGGGGGCGACGAGCCAGCUCCCCAAGCUCCUUCGCGUCGGCACGUUUCUCUUCCGCGCGGCGGCGCUGCACGCCAAGGUGCGCCUCCUCUUGACCCCGAACUCCGUCGUCGUCACGCUCUGA